AUGGAAUCACGAAAACCCACGGGCCCCAGCAAGCGGCAGGAGAAUCGUCGACUGCCUACGGCGCAGCAGAUGCAGGCCUACGCUGAGGAUGCACGGGCCAGAUGGAACGAGAAGCGGAGGAAUACGCGGGGGGGGAAGGGGAAGGGAGGAGGAGGAGGAGGAGGAAGCGGAGGAGGCGCCUCGAACGUCACGGCCGGCCCGCCCUACCCGCACGCCUGGUGGCGCGGCAGGCAGUUGUCAGGAAGAGGAGCGGAGGCGAAGGCGCAGGGGAUAGGCUUAAGAAUCGGGGGGGGAGGCAGACAGGCGGGAAAGGAGCGUAGAGCCGCUCGGGCUCACUUCGCGCCGCGGAUGUUGACCUUCCCCGCCUCGCGGUUGCCCGUGGCGGCCCCGUGGGGGCAAUUCCCCACGCAGCUCAUGAUGCAGGGGAAGUCGGACGGCGCGCACGCCACGGUGAAGCACUUGUCCGCACACAUCAUCGAGGUGAUCUGCGAGACUGCAAGGGGUAGCAUCAGCAGCGCGAGGAGGGCGCUGCGGAGGGCCACCAUGCUGAAGUGUCUCCGAAGAGGAUCUGCGAAGUGUUCGGGUGCCGGAAGCAGGUGGUGCGCACGCACUACGCCGAAAUGCUGA